AUGGAUCAAGAUGACUCUCGAGGCCUGCUGAAAAGCAUUCUGGGAUUCUUCGGUCGAAAAGCACCGGACAGGUCGGCGCACCCUGCGUCUGUGAGAUCACAAGCGCUCGAUGCCUGGGUACGGACGGAUGCAUAUCUGCAGCAUGAGACGGGUGAUUUCGAUGGACUUGAUGAGGACCAGAUCGCGAGAACGUUAAGUGCGUUCGAGAAUCUUGUUCGCUGUGAUUCGGAUGGUGGAGUAGCUUCCAACUUGCACACCAGUCCACCGUACCCGAAGCUGGAGGUGGUCCGCGGCAUGGUCCAGCGUUCGAAACUUGAUGUGCAACCCCAACUAGGCACCACCAUCCGAAUUAGUAAACGAAAACGAGACACCGACGCAGCGAUUGAGGAGCUCUCCAACUUGGACAGAGAGGCAAAGAAGCACCGAAUCUUACAGCGCGAAGAGCCAAGUGAGGGCGACAACACCGAUGACUCCGAGGCUCACUUUGCCAUGCUGAUGAGGAGACACAUCAUGUCGCUUGACAUUGCAUUACGGGCACAUUGGGUAUGCGUGUGUCAAAAGUGCUCGGGCUUGAGUGUGAGACUAUCGAUGCCUCAACGGAAGAAAGGCUCUGAGAUUGAGACAUGCUUCGAGGUCUUCUUUGGCGUACGAUCUCUGCUUGCAACUACAUUACAAGAAGCCAAGAUAACAGUCAAGGACGUACAGAACUACAGGUCCAGGAGUGCAUCUGAGCCCAGUAUCUCACCCGACUUUGCUCAUAUUUGCCAGAGCAUCGCCGAGUCAUUGGACCAACAACAUUGCUUGCAUCUUGCCCUCGAAGAUGGACUUUUCAGACGGCUUCGUCCACAACCAAAGACUUUUGGAGAUGUUCAGACGCUUCAGACACUGUCUCUGUCAGCCCUGUUUACGCGCCAACAGGAACUACGUGGUGGUUCAUCGGCAUUGCCACUCAAAGGGAGGCGCAUUCUAGCAGUCACGCUUGCCACAGCCUUACUGCCGUUUUUAGAGACGCCGUGGAUACGGCCUUCCUUCAAUCACUCGAAGAUACAAUUCCCGCAGCCAUUGCAUGAUGAAGAGUUGCCGGACAUCACGAAACCUUUUCUCUCCAUGGAGCAUAUACCAACCCUUCCGAGCGGCAAAGUGAGCACUGGAAAUGGCCAGACUGACCCGGUCAGUUCCAAACAUAUGGUUCAUCCCAAUGCGAGUGUGCUGUCGCUGGGUAUACUGCUAUGCGAACUUCACUACUGCACACCUAUGGAGCUAAUGCAGAGCAACACGGAUACCGUAAGAAAUAUCAACACCGACUACUACACCAGCCUCGAUAUCCUCAAGAACCUUGAAGUAGACGCGGGCUUAGACUACUACCUCGCCACAAAAGCAUGCCUGCAGUGGGAAUACUAUCCCACUGGAGAGCUUGCUGACUUUGAGUCUGCUAGUGUUCAGCGGCUCUUCUACCAGAACGUCGUUAAAAGACUUGAGGCCGAGAUCUUCAAGUCGUGGCGUCUUCGGUCUGAAGAUCUAGGUUCUCUAGACGCUCGAGAGAAUGAACUCUGUUGGGGUGCAGUCGGCAGAGAAGUUGUUCGCCGACAUACAAGCAAGCCCAACAUCUCUGCAAGACCCAGUGGAGAAAGGGCUACUUCGAUGCCUACUACCUCGGCCCUGAAAUCUCCAAGCUACACAUCGAACAGGCCGGAUAUCGGGUUGAGAAUGCCCAACCACCUCUCACAGACACUUCGAAGUCGUCUAGACCUCGCAACAGAAUCUAUGCAUAGCCGGUUUUUCUUUGAUGCGAGCCGUCAGAUCUCCGCUGGAAAAGAUUCUGAGUUGUCCCAAAGCUGGAUGGAAAGUCUUCUCUCCUCGAUCGAUCGCCACGUCGACUCCUUCGACAUUGCUAAAGCCGGCUCGAAUAACUUUAAACCAGUACGAAUAGCGAUCCUUGACUCUGGAUUUGAUCGUGAGAACCCGUUAUUAAUGAGCGACAACGGACAACUUGAUCCGCGGAUAAAGGAUGCCCGGAGCUUCGUGCAUCAAACAGGGCCUUUCGACUUCCAAGAUGAGAUAGGGCAUGGAACUCAUGCUCUUGGUCUCCUGCUGAAAGUCGCUACAUGCGCUGAGAUCUUCAUUGCCAAAAUUGCGAGCCAGGACACUAUGGGAUCCGAUAGUUACGAUGACAUUUCGAAGGCCAUCAAUCAUGCAGUCGAGCAGUGGAAUGUAGACAUCAUUUCCAUGUCGUUCGGAAUUCGUGAAUACAGCGAGCCAAUAAAAGAAGCCAUAUCAAAUGCAUUGCACAGAAAUACGCUGAUGUUUGCCGCGGCGUCGAACGAUGGCGGAAACUCUGGCCGUGCCUUUCCGGCCAAAUAUCCAGGCGUCUUUUGCAUACAUUCAACCGACAGCAACGGCAAUCCAUCCGCUUUCAAUCCCACAGCAGACGAUAAAGAUGUCAAUUUUGGUCUUCUUGGCGAGUCUGUCCGUUCUCACUGGCCGGCAGGCAAGAGCAACCAUUUUGAGCACGUCAAUACCAUGUCAGGAACAUCAGUAGCAACGCCGAUKGCUGCCGGGCUUGCUGCUUCGGUCUUGUCCCUCGUUCGGCAGCAGGAACGGGACAUGAUUGCUGUUGAAAGUGGGCUACUUGGCCCGUGGCUGAAAGACGCUCAUUCGAUGGAUCUCCUCUUGAAGAGCAUGGUUCAGAGCAGGCAAGGCUAUGAUUAUAUCAUGCCUCACUUACUAUUUGACAAGGGCUCGACGAGGGAGUAUAUCUACAGCCGAAUCGGGGAAAUCAAGAGACACAUGUACGACUAG